CUUAUAUAGUAUUCACCUUGUCUUCUAUAAUUCAUUUUUUUGCUCUAGCUGUAAUUGCAUAGGGACACAAUAUCUCUGUAGCUAUAUGCAGCUAGGAGACUCAAGUGUGUUGGAGAUCUCCUCCCAUAGCGAGCCCGAGAUGGCGGUGGCGGCGGCGGCGGAAGGAGCGGCUCACGGCGGCGAGGAUGACGGUGGUGAUGAUGAGAUGAUUGGGGUGGAUGUGGAUGGAAAUUCAGUUGAAGGAAAUGAAGGUAAUAAGAUGAGCUUUGGAGGGAACCGGUGGCCCCGCCAAGAAACUUUGGCUCUCUUGAAGAUAAGGUCGGAUAUGGAUGCAGUGUUUCGUGAUUCAAGUCUUAAAGGUCCACUAUGGGAAGAAGUUUCAAGGAAACUGGCGGGGCUUGGAUAUCAUCGAAAUGCAAAGAAAUGCAAGGAAAAGUUUGAGAACGUGUACAAGUACAACAAGAGAACCAAAGAAAACAAAAGUGGGAAAUCACAUGGAAAAACCUAUAAAUUCUUUGAUCAAUUACAAGCCCUUGAGAAUCAUCAGUUCACGAUCUCUUACCCAACAAAGCCACAACCUACUUUGGCAACAACAAACACAUUGACGUUGCCAGCUAGACAAAGUGAUCAUGGUAACAACAAUGUUAUCUCUUACGUCACACCUUUUCCUUCCACAAACCCUACACACAUUUCUCCUUCACCACAAACCAAUACCGACACCAACACAAACACCACCACAGUAUCCACAACCAACCCUAGAGACACAUCACCACCACAAACCACCACCGCCAACAACACCAACAACGACAAUGUCACGUAUUCUUUGCCAAACAUGAACACCCCUUUCUCAACCACCACCACCACCUCCACCUCUUCUUCCACAGCAUCUGAUGAAGACUUGGAAGAGAGGUACCGGAGGAAGAGAAAGUGGAAGGACUACUUCAGGAGGCUCACUAGGAAGGUCCUCUUGAAGCAAGAGGAAAUGCAGAAGAAGUUCUUGGAAGCCAUGGACAAAAGGGAGAGGGAAAGAGUGGCGCAACAAGACAAUUGGAGGAUCCAAGAAAUGGCAAGGAUUAACAGGGAACAUGAGAUUCUUGUUCAGGAGAGAUCAACAGCAGCAGCCAAAGAUGCUGCAGUCAUUGCAUUAUUGCAGAAGAUGUACGGCCAGCAAAACACCACACAACAUGUUCAAGUACAGCCACCAGAACAACAGAAUCAAACAACGCUACAAUCACAGCUUCCAACACCAAUGCCAAACAAUAACUUUGAGAUCAAGAAAUUGAAUAAUGGUCAUCACAGUGCUACCAGUACUAGCACUGUCACUACUUCUCCCGCGACUUCUUCUUCUUCUAGAUGGCCAAAGGCUGAAGUUCAUGCUUUGAUAAGGUUGAGGACAAGUCUGGACACCAAGUAUCAAGAAAAUGGACCAAAAGCUCCAUUGUGGGAAGAUAUAUCGAUCGCAAUGCAGAGGCUUGGUUACAACCGGAGUGCAAAGAGAUGCAAGGAAAAGUGGGAGAACAUCAACAAGUACUUCAAAAAAAUGAGGGACAAUAACAAAGAAAGGCGUGAAAAUAGCAAAACAUGUCCUUAUUUUCACGAGCUUGAUGCUAUAUACAAGGAAAGGAGCUUAUCCCAGAACCCCUUUGGCGUGUUCCAGAACAUGAAGCCGAACGAGAUGAUGAUGAUGGAGCCAUUGAUGGUGCAACCGGAGCAGCAAUGGAGGCCUCCACCUCAAUCGUUGGAAGAGGGUAUAGAGAAGAACUCUAGCGAUGAAUAUGAAGAAAAAGAAGAAGAAAACGAUGGUGAUGAUGAUGAUCACGUUGGUGUUGAAGAAGAUGAAGAUGGUGUGGAAGAUGAAGCGUGUGAGACUGGGACAAAUGAUUAAACUGCUUCAGUGGACACAGUUGAAGGAGACAAGAUAAAGAAUUUUCUGAAUGGAGAAAUAUUACGUGUUUGUUCAAUGUACUUUUACUUAUAGCCUUUAUUUUUUAUCAUUUUUUUUGAAACUUGAAAAUGUGAUUACUUAUUGAGGAAACAAUUCUUGGGUAUAGUGAUUCAAUUUAUAUUUU